AUUUACUCCUCGUUUGCAUCUCAUUCGCUUUCUCUCUCUUAUAAGUUAUAUACAUCAUCAGUUUUCUUUUUCUUUUUAUUUUUCUCUUCAAUUCUCCAGUCCAUUUUCAAAUUCUUUUCACUGUUCUUUCGGUGUUUGUUUGAUAUGUAAUUUUUUUUUCGAGUAAUUGAAUUUUGGACAUGAGGCUGAUUUCUCGGAAGCGUUAGGAUUCGGAAAUGCAGUUUUGCUAAAUUUGGUUCUCGAGUGUUGUUGGAGUUGGACUUCAGAUUCAAGUUUUUGUUUUUGGUUUUUAAGAUCUCUGCUGAUGGUCACACGACCUCCGUCUUUUUUGUCGUAGGAAGUAAAAUUUGUUGACGAUGAGAUCUACAUUCUGCCAAUGGAUUAAAAACUGGCUAUGAUGGUGAUUCAUUUUGCUCGCUUAUGGAAAUGGAAGACAAACAAGACGCAGGGCCUUCAGAACAUAGGCCUACUGAUACGUGGUGGUCCUCAGAUCUUGUUGAGAAGUUUGGAUCUGUUUCCUUAGAUACCAAAGAAGAAGUUCUGAGGAACAAGAGAUCAAUAAGUAAGGAUGGGUAUGAUAGCUCAUCACAUCAGACAGCGUCGCAGAUCCUUUGGAGCACCGGAAUGUUAUCUGACCCUAUUCCAAAUGGUUUCUUUUCAGUUGUACCUGAGAAAAGACUGAAGGAACUUUUUGAUGAGCUUCCUGCUUUGGAUGAACUUCAGUCUUUGGAGCUCGAAGGAUUGAGACCUGAUGUCAUAGUAGUGGAUGCCGAAAGAGAUAAAAAGCUUUCAAUGCUGAAACAAUUGAUUGUAGCCCUUGUUAGAGGUCUUAGUUCGAACCCUGCAGCAAUGAUAAAGAAGAUUGCUGGAUUGGUUUCUGACUUUUACAAGCGACCAAAUUUGGACCUCAGUCCUGGAAAAGCUUUUCUAGAGGAAACUUCACAUCUAUCUGAGAGCAGAGGUGCACAGAUGCUUGGACAAAUAAAGCAUGGUUCAUGCCGUCCUCGAGCGAUAUUAUUCAAAGUUCUUGCAGAUACAGUUGGUCUGGAGAGUCGUUUAAUGGUGGGUUUGCCUACUGAAGGAGAUGGCGAGUGUUUAGAUUCAUAUAAGCAUAUGUCUGUUUUAGUUGUUUUGAAUUCUGUGGAACUUCUUGUCGAUCUUAUGCGGUUUCCUGGCCAGCUUAUCCCUCUAACAACAAAAGCUAUUUAUAUGACACACAUCUCUGCUGCUGGGGAAAGUGAUUCUGCAGAAAAUGAUUCUUGUGAUUCUCCGCUAGAGCCAAACAGUCCUCUCUAUGGUGUUUCAGAAAGAGUCGAUAUUGAGAGUGCUGAGAAGGAUGAUAACUUCCAGUCCCAGAGGAGAUUAGAAGGAACUUCUAGUGCAGCAGGGCCUUCUUUAAGGAAUACGAUGUUGAGGUCUUCUACUUUUGUUGAUAGGAAAUUGAGUUCAUAUCACAGCGAACCUAAUAUUGCGGCUACCUUUUGGAGAAGGAGCAGGAGAAGGGUCAUUGCUGAACAACGGACCGCUAGUUCAAGUCCAGAGCACCCUUCAUCUCGCGCACGGGGACGUUCUAUGCUUAGUGGUGAUAACAAAUCAUUUAAAGAUUUUUCUGAUGACAUUUCUGCAUCAAGAUCGGAAGGUGCUUCAACUUCAGAGACGCGCAGACUAAGGCGAAGAAGUGUUAGUAUAACUCCAGAGAUUGGUGAUGAUAUUGUAAGGGCUGUUCGGGCAAUGAAUGAAACAUUGAAGCAGAAUCGUCUCUUAAGAGGACAAGAUGAAAAUAGGUCUUUUCCCUAUGGAGCAGAAGACAGGAGUGCAAGUGAUCCUCAAAAAGAUGUACCUGAUUUUCACGACCAUUCAUCUGGUGGAAGGUCUUCUUUUUCCCAAAAGGCCAUAUCUUUACCUUCUUCUCCUCAUGAGUAUGCAAGUCAGACUGAGAGAACUGGGACUUCGAACCACAGGUUAAGUGAAGAUACAGUAUUGACAUGGAACAAAGUUUUGGGAUCACCUAUGUUCCAGAACAAACCUCUUCUACCUUUUGAAGAAUGGAACAUUGAUUACUCUGAGUUAGAAGUUGGCUCUCGUGUUGGUAUUGGAUUUUUCGGAGAGGUCUUCCGUGGCAUUUGGAAUGGAACUGAUGUUGCCAUUAAAGUUUUUCUGGAGCAAGAUCUUACUGCUGAAAAUAUGGAGGACUUUUGCAAUGAGAUUUCCAUCCUAGGCCGCCUUCGACACCCAAAUGUUAUACUAUUUCUUGGUGCGUGCACAAGACCUCCACGACUAUCCAUGGUUACUGAAUACAUGGAAAUGGGUUCAUUAUACUAUUUGAUCCAUCUAAGUGGUCAAAAGAAAAAACUCAGCUGGCGAAGAAAAUUGAAAAUGCUCCGUGAUAUAUGCAGAGGGCUGAUGUGCAUACAUCGAAUGAAGAUUGUCCACCGGGAUCUAAAAAGUGCCAAUUGCCUAGUCAAUAAACACUGGACUGUAAAGAUCUGUGAUUUUGGGCUUUCAAGGAUAAUGACAGAAUCACCCAUGAGGGACUCGUCAUCGGCAGGGACCCCAGAAUGGAUGGCCCCAGAACUUAUCCGGAAUGAACCCUUUACAGAGAAAUGUGAUAUUUUCAGUCUCGGUGUUAUCAUGUGGGAGCUGUGCACUUUAGCUAGACCCUGGGAAGGCGUACCACCUGAGAGGGUAGUUUAUGCUGUCGGCAAUGAAGGAUCUAGAUUGAACAUACCGGAAGGCCCUCUUGGCAGGCUUAUAGCAGACUGUUGGGCAGAGCCACAGGAACGUCCAAGUUGUGAGGACAUUCUUACGCGCUUGGUCGACUGCGAGUACUCACUCUGCUGAGCAGUAUCUCUGAAUUGUACAGAAACAAAUAGUAGAGGUGUUACAAUAUAUUCGGCUCAAAUCAAAAUGUAAUUUUGUUUGACUUCAAAUUUUCAGGAGAGAGGGGUUUUUGACCUUUGAAUAACUUGUACACUUUUAUUUUUAUUGAUUUUCGCAAUCAAAAAGAUUUUACAAAAGGAAAAGGAGUCAAGACUAUCUCUGUUUCUCCCAAACUGGCAGGAACACCUUAUCUGGAGUUAUUUAUACAUUUUCUGUGUCUACCAAUCGGCUUUUACACAUCAAAUGAAAUCCGCAAGAAAAUUGUAGCACAUACUCCGCAUCACAAGUGUGUCUAUGACCCAGUUGUAUAACAGUUGUAUACAAACUCUAUCAGAGUUACAACAGUAUCUGACAAUUAAAAAACAUGCAUCAAUCAAUAAUCUGGCGUCUGUUCAGAGCAGCUUCAAAACGGCUCAAGGAAUCUGCCCUCAUUUCGGUGCUCAUAUCAUUUUCCGGUGCUGGAUAAUAAUCUUCCCUCAGCUGGAAAUCCCUCAGAUAUGGGAUUUUGAGGAAAAAGUUCAGGAAAUGCUCAUGCGCUGUUCCGUGAAUAAAUAGCUUCCUGAGAGAAGGGCAUUGCUGGAGCAAUCCAGCUGCAGGCAGAGACAAACUCCUCUGGUUGACAUCCCUGUCUUGAGGUGGCCAGUAAUCAAGCUCACUAAGAUUCAAUCCUCCAAUUCCCAACAAGUAGAAUCGUUCCCACUGGCUCAAGUCCAUCUGCCCAGAAGGCGCUGUGUGCGCAUAACCUAUGGUAUCACCACAAUCCAAAUGCAUUUUUGCUAAGCGAGGAAACUGCAUCAGAGUGCUCAAACCAAAUGGAGACUGUGCGUGCUUUGACCAUUCCCGGCAAUCUCCUUCAACCUUGAUAUGGAUCUCCUCUAAAUUAGGGCAAUCCUCGAGCCCGGCGUCUACCAAUGGAUUCAGGAGCUCUCCCACACUAAUCCAGAGUGAAAGACAUUGAAGCUUCUUCCAUGAGUUAUUAUGAAAACCAUUGGAACUGCUAUUCAAAUCAAUAUCAAAACAAUUCGAAUCAUCAGAAUAUCUGCAUCUCUUCCGCUUGUUGCACAUCCCAUUGUCAUCAGUGUCUUCAAAGUUGUUCAUUGAUGCAUCUGAUGGACUUGAUGAUUCAUCACCCUGAUCCAAUUUGUUAAGGUCAAAAUCAAGGUUAACCCCAUCAAGAUCCUCCAUUUCAUCUACGGUUCUCCAAACGCAAUCAAUGUGAAGCUUCUGGAUUUUAUCCUUCACUGGCUCCAAUGCCUUCAGUGACAUAGAUGCAUUCAGAUUCUUACAACAAGAUAUCUUGACAUCCACCAGAGUUCGCUUAAGCAAACUAGCCAAAGUUCGCAUUCCUUUCAUAGUAAUCCUCUUACAACCUUGUACUUCAAACCUUUUCAACUUCCAACACCCCCUUCCGAUAGCAAUCAAACCCAUAUCAUCCAAGUCUCCGACAUUCCUGAUGGACAACGAUUCAAGCUUUUCACAAAGUGCAACUCCAUCCAAUUUCGAUUCUACGGGCACAGAAAUCCCAUGAAACUGCCCCAAUUUGAGUGACCUCAACUUGGUGCAUUUCACUUUGAGUAUCUCUAAAGCAGGACCACUAUCUCUAACGUUAUUGCUAACAUCCAACACAAGCUCUUCAAUCAACGAAAGACCAGAAAAGAACUCAAUCAAACCCCCAACACUAAUCUUUGAAUCCUCGGCGGUGAAACCAUCAAACUCUGGGUCUGCCCUAGAAUUCGCUAAAGCCGUAGUAUCAGCUAAAUGAAGCACAGACAACCUAGGACAAUUAACAGGGAUAGAAGCUAAACAUUCAUCCCCAACAAACCCGAUGUACCUAGGAUCAAACAUACAAGCCACCCGAAAUUCCCCCAGGUUGGGGCAGGACUUGGUAAUAGCCAUGAUUUCAUCAGACUUGAAACCUUCAGAAAAUGAAGGGUUCAUCAGAUUAAGACACGUCAAGAUCGUGGGUUCCGUCAGAGCCGCCGGAACAUCAUCCGUCCAGCAAUAAAAAUUGGACAAAUCAAGCUUUAUUAACGACUUAUGGUUCUCAAACAGAGCCAGCAAUUCCUCCCCAGAUCCUAACUGCGGCCGCUGGUGCCACCGGACAAGCUUAAUCUCUUUCAAAUGCGGCCAUUUAGGGGCUAAAAGAUGAAUACCAGAUGGGUCCCUGGCGUAGAUAAUGAGGGAAGUAACAGAGGGAAAAGCUUGGUAAAGCAGCUGGGCGAUAAGGGUUGCGGAAUCGAAGGAUGAGAAAAUGGGGUGACCCCAAGGAGAGAGGAGGGACAGAUCGAGAUGGGUAAUUGAUUCGAAACAACUAGGAAGAAGAAAAAGGUCGCGAAUAUUACCGCGGAGAGUGAUGGAAGUCCGAGUGAAACGCUCCAGGCAGCGCCAUUUCUGGCAGACUAAGGCCGCCGCGUUCCGGGUGCGGACGUCGGAAAUGGCCGCGAUUAUGUUGGAAAGGAUCACGUCCGGCAGGUCGUUGAGAGUGGUUUCGGAUAACCAUCCAGCCAUUUUUCGGGAUUUUGGUGGUGUGGGGGAUUGGAUUGAUUGAUUGAGAAACUCAAUUGGGGAAGAUGAUGAUGAUGAUGAUGAUGAUGAUGUUGCCUUUGAUGUGGAUGAAUGAAGGUGGAAAAUUUUUAUGCUUACUAGGCCUUUUGGUUUAUGUCUUUACUACAUUUGUUCUUCUUCUUUUCUUUUCUUUAUUGUGGAAAAUGUUGGCUAUUAGUCACUGAAUCAAAAGAAAAAAAUGAUUUUUUUUUUUUUUAACCAUUUGUUUUCUUGGGGGCUUUUUUGGCAGAUAG